AUGGCCAUUAUUGCAUCAGAAAGCGUUAUUCCAACCAGUGCAGUGAAUGACACCAUCAUGCCAAGUAUGGACUACACUAUUCUGGCAGUUAUUAUUGGUUUCUUCUCAGUUUUUGGCAUCAUAUUGAGCAUGAAUGUAAUUGUGGUGACGUUGAAGCACAGGCAGCUACGGCAGCCACUGAAAUUCGCCCUGGUCAACCUAGCUGUGGCUGAUCUUGGUUGUGCGACAUUUGGUGGGCUACCAACCAUGGCGACCAAUGCCAUGGGGUACUUCAGCUUGGGCAGGGUGGGAUGUGUGCUAGAAGGUUUUGCCGUGGCCUUCUUUGCUAUCGCUGGUCUGUGCUCAGUUGCGAUAAUUGCAGUUGAACGAUGCAUGGUGGUCUGCAGACCAGUGGGUUCAGUCACCUUCCAGACGAGACAUGCAGUUGCAGGAGCUGUCAUCGCCUGGGUCUGGUCGUUCCUGUGGAACACUCCAUCGCUUUUUGGAUGGGGUAGCUAUGAGCUGGAGGGUGUGCAGACAUCUUGUGCACCAGACUGGUACAGCAGAAAUUUGGCCAACGUCUCCUACAUCAUGUGUUACUUUCUUCUGUGCUUUGCACUGCCUUUCUCUGUCAUUGUCAUCUCCUACACUCGCCUCCUGUUCGCAUGUUUGUUUCACCUACAGGUGACCAAACUGAAAAUGUCAGAGGGAGGAAGCACUGCCAGGGCAGAGACCCAGGUGGCCUGUAUGGUGGUUGUCAUGGUGAUGGCCUUCCUGCUCAUCUGGCUGCCCUAUGCCGCAUUUGCACUGUCUGUGAUCUUAGACCCGAACCUUUACAUUGACCCGGUGAUCGCCACCGUUCCCGUGUAUCUGGCCAAGAGCAGCACAGUUUUCAACCCCAUAAUCUAUAUAUUCAUGAACAGACAGUUCAGAGAGCAUGCUGUGCCGUUCCUACUCUGUGGCAGAAACCCGUGGGCCGCUGAGCCGGCAGAAUCAGAGGAAGAGACCACAGCAUCAUCUGUCAGCAGGAGCAACAAGGUGCAGAUGUCUCACCACCCUCAACAGCUAAUGUAG